CCUUGAUUCGAUACUUGUAAUAUACAAAUCCAAAGCAAACAAAGAGAGCUUGAACAAAAGGGAAGACCAAAAAUUUUGAAGAAUCAUGGAAUUAAGAAGCGGAUUUCCGCUUCUUCUUCAGCAAUACCGAGCGUUGUUCAAGAAGAAUCUCUUACUUUCAUGGCGGAGCAAGAGGGCUACAUUUCUCCAGCUAUUUUCUUCACUCUUUUUCAUCUUCCUCAUUUUCUGUAUUCAGAAAGCCAUUGAGGCUCGCUUUAGCACCUCUACUGCUCUGAACGAUGUUCGCAAUCCUGAACUUCAGGCUAACCCUUCAAUUCCACCUUGUGAGGACAAGUACUACAUAAAGCUUCCUUGUUAUGACUUUGUGUAUAGUGGAAGUUCGAGCCCCAAGGUUCGCAGCAUUGUCGGCGCUAUCAUGGCCAAUAAUCCCGGCCGACGAAUUCCUCCGAGUAAGGUUCUAUCUUUUGGUACACCUGCUGAAGUUGAUAAAUGGCUUUUUAACAACCCUAUGACUUGCCCUGGUGCCUUGCAUUUCACUGAAAGAAAUGGGACUGUGAUUAGUUAUGGUAUACAAACUAAUUCUACUGCUGUGGCAAGGAGAGGCCACUAUGAAGACCCCACUUUUAAAUUUCAAAUUCCGCUCCAGAUAGCUGCAGAACGUGAAAUUGCACGAUCUUUGAUUGGGGUUCCCAACUUUAGCUGGGUUGUCAACUUCAUGGAAUUUGCACACCCUCCAGUGGACAAUUUCUCUGCAGUGAAUACUGUUGGGCCAACAUUCUUCCUAGCCAUUGCUAUGUUUGGUUUUGUACUUCAAAUUAGUUCCUUGAUCACAGAAAAAGAACUCAAACUUCGCCAGGCAAUGACGAUGAUGGGUCUGUAUGAUACUGCAUAUUGGCUAUCAUGGCUCACAUGGGAAGGAAUUACCACACUCAUUGCAUCUCUUUUCACUGUUCUAUUUGGAAUGAUGUUUCAGUUUGACUUUUUCUCUAAAAACAACUUUGCGGUCGUGUUUCUUGUCUUCUUUCUCUUCCAACUCAAUAUGGUUGGAUUUGCUUUUAUGUUAUCAGCCUUUAUAAGCAAGUCGUCUUCAUCCACUACUGUGGGAUUCUUUAUAUUUAUUGUUGGAUUUCUCACUCAGCUUGUCACUGCAUUUGGAUUUCCUUAUUCAACUGACUUCUCAAAAUUUUUUCAAGUCAUCUGGUCCUUGUUCCCGCCUAAUCUUCUUGCUAAAGCUCUUUCUUUGCUCUCCGAUGCCACUUCCACCCCAGGAGAUCCGGGAAUCAGUUGGAGUAGACGCACAGAGUGUGCUCCAAAUGAUACUGAGUGUGUCAUAACUAUAAAUGAUAUUUAUUUAUGGCUUGUGGGGACAUUCUUCUUAUGGUUUUUCUUGGCCAUCUACCUCGACAACAUCAUCCCAAAUGUCGCUGGUGUGAGAAAGUCAGCAUUUUACUUUUUGAGGCCUGGAUAUUGGACAGGAAAAGGAGGAAGUAAAGUUGAAGAGGGUGGAAUCUGUAGUUGCUUGGGUUCACUUCCAGUGUUGGAGCCUAUUACUCCAGAUGAUGAAGAUGUUCUUGAAGAGGAAAACACGGUAAAACAACAACUUUCAGAUGGAAUAAUGGAUCCAAAUGUUGCGGUUCAAAUAUGUGGCCUGGCAAAGACAUAUCCUGGAGCUUGGAAGGUCAACCGUUGCUGCUGUAAAUGCAAGAAAACCUCUCCUUACCAUGCUGUCAGGGGCUUGUGGGUGAACUUUGCUAAGGAUCAACUGUUUUGUCUUCUUGGACCAAAUGGUGCUGGGAAAACCACAGCAAUCAAUUGUUUGACAGGGAUAACACCAGUGACUGGUGGAGAUGCAUUAAUAUAUGGAUAUUCUGUUCGUGACUCUGUUGGCAUGGAAAACAUUCGGAGAAUUAUUGGUGUCUGUCCCCAGUUUGAUAUACUGUGGGAUGUCUUGUCUGGACAAGAACACCUCCAUCUUUUUGCAACAAUAAAAGGCCUACCACCAUCUUCAAUAAAAUCGAUUGCUGAGAAGUCAUUGGAAGAAGUAAGACUCACUCAGUCUGCAAAGACAAGAGCAGGGAGUUACAGCGGAGGAAUGAAACGUCGAUUAAGUGUUGCCAUAGCUCUUAUUGGUGAUCCAAAGUUGGUCAUCUUAGAUGAACCGACAACUGGGAUGGAUCCAAUAACAAGGAGGCACGUAUGGGAUAUCAUUGAGGGUGCAAAGAGAGGACGUGCCAUUCUUUUAACAACACAUUCUAUGGAAGAAGCUGACAUCUUAAGUGACCGCAUUGGAAUCAUGGCAAAGGGAAGGCUCCGUUGCAUUGGAACCUCAAUCAGGUUGAAGUCGAGAUUUGGUGCUGGCUUUGUCGCAAAUGUUAGUUUUGCCAAUGGCAACGGUGGACAGACCCCGCCUCCUAAUGGGGUACUGAAUACCCCUGCCCACCAUGAAGAAAUUAAGCAGUUCUUCAAAUCUCGCUUGGAUAUUCUACCCAAGGAAGAGCACAAAUCUUUUCUAACUUACAUCAUCCCUCAUGACAGAGAAAAGCUUCUGACGAAAUUCUUUGAUGAACUUGAGGAGAGAAAGGGAGAGCUUGGAAUUUCGGAUGUCCAACUCAGUCUUACUACCCUUGAAGAAGUUUUCUUGAACAUUGCAAAACAGGCAGAGUUGGAAAGUGCUGCAGCUGAUGGAGCUAUGGUGUCACUGACUCUAACAACAUCUGGCCACACUGUUGAGAUACCAGUAGGAGCAAGAUUUGUGGGAAUUCCAGGGACAGAGACCGCUGAGAAUCCAAGCGGGAUAAUGGUAGAAGUUUACUGGGAACAAGAUGAUUCAGGUACUCUAUGCAUAUCCGGUCACUCUGACGAAAUGCCAGUGCCCCCUAACAUACAGCCGCUGGCUUCCCUGAGAUCCCUCUCUUUGAGAUCAACUUCACAAAGACGUCGUUUUGGGCAGGGAGGCCCAGUUCAUGGAAUUGUGUAUGACCCUGAACAAGUUGCUCGUUACAAUUCUCGCUGAAUCUACUGCUCUUUCUCCUGCUUCCUCUCUCAAAUAUUUUCCAAAUUUAUGUAUCAUAACUGAAUGUUUAGUUUUGAUGUAGAAAUUUUUUGAGCUCGAUUCAUUAGAGCUGUAUCAUCCACGACUAUUUUCACUGAAAUUUACUGUAUGAAUAAAUAUCAUUCACUGUAUCAUUUCAUAGAUAAUAUAUAUAUUUUGUUCAAA